AUGUCUGUUCCUUCAAUAGCAGUUGAAAAAGGUAUAGAUCCAAAAGUCCAAGAAGAUGAGUUUGUUCACACUGUAUAUAAUGAGAUAGCUCCUCACUUUUCUCAAACACGCUACAAGCCAUGGCCAAUCGUGGAAAGAUUUCUUAAAAGUCGAGAUGACUACUCAGUUGGCUUGGAUAUUGGAUGUGGUAAUGGAAAGUACUUAGGUGUAAACGACAAGUUAUUCAUCAUCGGAACAGACCGCUCUGAUGGACUCAUUACCUGUGCAAAUGAGAAUUCCAAAGGAUCAUUCAAUCUAGGUGUUGCAGACGGGUUACACUUACCACAUAAGGAUUCUUCUUUUGAUUUUGCAAUUUCUAUUGCCGUAAUUCAUCAUUUCUCUACCAAAGAGAGAAGAGUCGAUGCAAUCAAACACAUUGUUUCGAAAUUAAGACAAGGUGGAAGAGCGCUAAUCUAUUGUUGGGCUUUAGAACAGGAAAAUUCAAGAAGAGGCUACAAAGAUGGCGACGAGCAAGAUAUCUUGAUUCCGUGGGUGUUGCAAAAGAAACAAGAAAAGAAAACCAAGUCAAAACGAGAUAAGCAACUGUCUACAAUCUCGGAUCGCUCGGAAGGAAUAAACCAGAUUUCGAGUAGUGCUGAACAGAAUCCCUCAAUGAACACCUCAAAAGAUCUUGUCUCAGAGUCGCAAUCCCAAACAAAAUAUAGGUAUUAUCAUCUUUAUAAACGGGGAGAAUUGGCAGAGGAUGCGCUUCAGUGCAACAAUUGUGAAAUAUUUGAGGAAGGUUACGAGAAAGAUAACUGGUGGAUAGUUCUUGAAAAGAAAUAA